AUGCGCAUCGAAAAGUGUUAUUUUUGCUCGGGGCCAGUAUACCCAGGACACGGAGUAAUGUUUGUCCGAAAUGACUGCAAGUCAUUCAGAUUCUGCAGAUCAAAAUGCCACAAGAAUUUCAAGAAGAAGCGUAACCCCAGAAAGACCAGGUGGACCAAAGCGUUCCGAAAGGCAGCUGGAAAGGAAUUGACAGUGGAUAACUCGUUGGAAUUUGAGAAACGCAGAAAUAUACCUGUUAAAUAUAACCGGGAGAUGUGGGAUAAGACGGUGGAAGCAAUGAAGAAGGUGGAAGAAAUCAAACGAAAACGGCAGGCAAGAUUCAUCAUGAACAGAUUAAAGAAGGGCAAAGAGUUGGAGAAGGAAGCGGACAUCAAGGAAGUGAAGAAGAACAUUCACCUCAUCAAAGCACCACACGCAGGAAAAGCCAAACAAAUGGAAGAAAAAAUGGUGCAGAAAUUACAAGAAGAUGUGGAAAUGAGAGACGACGACCUUUAA